AGUGCUUAAUGACGCGCGGCGAAUAUUGUUAACCUCAAUACAUAUUGUAAUUUUCCUGUUCCUGUCCAAGUUGAUCGCUUCCAAGAGGUUUAGGUUCCCGAGUUGCUGCGGAAAAUGUCUAGAACCGUGACAUUUGUUACGGGAAAUGCGAAAAAAGUCGAAGAGCUUGUGGCAAUUCUCGGUAGUAACUUCCCAAGGACAAUAGUUCCCAAAAAAGUCGACCUGCCAGAAUUGCAGGGUGAAAUUGACGAUAUUUGUAUUAAAAAAUGCAUGGAAGCUGCCAAACAAGUUCAAGGACCUGUACUCAUUGAAGAUACUUGCCUUUGCUUCAAUGCAUUGAAGGGUCUACCAGGUCCUUACAUUAAGUGGUUUUUGGAUAAACUUGGACCAGAAGGGCUUCACACAUUGCUAGCUGGACACGCUGAUAAAUCUGCACAAGCGAUAUGCACUUUUGCGUUCUCUGAAGGUGUAGGGAAAGAGGUGAAGCUCUUUCAAGGUCGUACCGACGGAAUAGUCGUAGAACCGAGAGGCCCUCGUGAUUUUGGCUGGGACCCCUGCUUCCAACCUACGGGAUACGAUUUUACUUAUGCUGAACUGCCAAAGGAAGAAAAGAAUAAAAUAUCUCAUAGAUUUAGGGCUUUAGAUAAGUUAAGAAAUUAUUUUCUGGAGAGCUGAUAUUAAAACUAAAAGGUGAGUUCUAGAAUAGACAGUGGAAUGGUCUUUUUUUCCCAUUCUAGCUGAUGAAUAUACGUGUAUUCCGUGACACAAAUUGAGAAA